AUGGCGCACCGGGGACCCCCACGCGGCCCGGCCUCGAGCCCCGGGGCGCCCUCGCCGUCGCCCUGGUCGCCGCGUUGGCCCCGCGCGCGGCCGCUGCUGCUGCUGCUCCUGGCAGCCUGCGGGGCGGCGGGGCGCUCGCCUGAGCCCGGGGGGCCGCGCGCGCUGCUGACCCGGGGCCCGCGGAGCCCACUCGCGGGGUGCGCGCAGGAGGAAGCCGGCGCCCCGCGUCCCGCCCCGGCCCCGGGUCCCCACGAGGACGGCGCCCCCGCUCCCGGCCCGGGGCGCAGGGUGCGGGCGGCCCCGCGGACGCAGGUCUCGCUCAUCAGCACGUCGUUCGUGCUCAAAGGGGACGCGACGCACAACCAGGCGAUGGUGCACUGGACGGGCGAGAACAGCAGCGUGAUAUUGAUCCUGACGAAGUACUACCAUGCAGACAUGGGGAAGGUUCUGGAGAGUUCCCUGUGGCGGUCAUCGGACUUCGGCACGUCCUACACCAAGCUCACCCUGCAGCCUGGUGUCACCACCAUCAUCGACAACUUCUACAUCUGCCCGACCAACAAGAGGAAGAUCAUCCUGGUGAGCUCUUCGCUCAGUGACCGUGAGCAGAACCUCUUCCUGAGCACCGACGAGGGCACCAGCUUCCAGAGGCAGCCCAUCACCUUCCUCGUGGAGACCCUCCUCUUCCACCCCAGGGACGAGGACAAGGUCCUGGCCUACACCAAGGAGAGCAAGCUCUAUGUGUCAUUGGACCUGGGAAAGAAGUGGACGCUUCUGCAGGAGCAAGUGACCAAAGACCAUGUGUUCUGGGCUGUGUCUGGGGUGGACGCUGACCCCAACCUGGUCCACAUGGAGACCCAGGACCUCAGUGGAGGUUUUCGCUAUGUCACCUGCCAGAUCCACAGCUGCUCCGACGAGAUGCUCGCAGCCCCAUUCCCCGGCCCCAUUGACCAUGGCUCGUUGGCGGUGCAGGACGACUACGUCCUCCUCAAGACAACCUCAACAAACCAGACCAAAUACUACGUCUCUUACCGUCGCAAUGAGUUCGUCCUGAUGAAGCUGCCUAAGUACGCAUUGCCGAAGGACCUGCAGGUGAUCAGCACGGACGAGAGCCAGGUGUUUGUGGCGGUGCAGGAGUGGUACCAGACUGACACCUACAACCUGUACCAGUCGGACCCGCGCGGUGUGCGCUACGCGCUGGUGCUGGAGGAUGUGCGAAGCUCGCGGCAGGCGGAGGAGAGUGUGCUCAUCGACAUCCUGGAGGUCAGAGGGGUGAAAGGGGUCUUUCUGGCGAACCGGAAGGUUGAUGGAAAGGUGAUGACACUCAUCACCUACAACAAGGGCCGUGACUGGGACUUCCUGAGGCCGCCCAGCAGCGACAUGAACGGCAAGCCCACCAACUGCCAGCCCCCUGACUGCCACCUGCACCUGCACCUGCGCUGGGCGGACAACCCCUACGUGUCGGGCACCGUGCACACCAAGGACACCACCCCCGGACUCAUCAUGGGCGCAGGUAACCUGGGCUCGCAGCUGGUGGAGUACAAGGAGGAGAUGUACAUCACGGCAGACUGCGGGCGCACCUGGCGGCAGGUGUUCGAGGAGGAGCAUCACAUCCUCUACCUGGACCACGGCGGCGUGAUCGUGGCCAUCAAGGACACCUCCAUCCCCCUGAAGAUCCUCAAGUUCAGCGUGGACGGAGGCGUCACGUGGAGCACGCACAACUUCACCAGCACCUCGGUGUUCGUGGACGGGCUGCUGAGCGAGCCGGGAGACGAGACGCUGGUCAUGACGGUCUUUGGCCACAUCAGCUUCCGCUCCGACUGGGAGCUGGUCAAGGUGGACUUCCGGCCCUCCUUCUCCAGGCCGUGUGGCGAGAACGACUACAGCUCCUGGGACCUCACCAGCCUCCAGGGCGACCGCUGCAUCAUGGGCCAGCAGAGGAGCUUCCGGAAGAGGAAGCCGGCGUCCUGGUGCGUCCAGGGCAGGAGCUUCACCUCGGCGCUCACAGCGCGUGUGUGCCAGUGCCGGGACUCGGACUUCCUCUGCGACUAUGGGUUCGAGCGCACGCCCUCCUUGGAGCCGGGCACCAAGUGUGUAGCCAACUUCUGGUUCAACCCCCUGGCCCCUCCAGACGACUGCGCCGUGGGCCAGACCUACACCAGCAGCCUGGGGUACCGGAAGGUGGUGUCCAACGUGUGUGAGGGUGGCGUGGACCUGUGGCGGGGCCCAGGGCCACUGCAGUGUCCCCUCACGCGGCCCCGGGGCCUGCGGGUGAGCAUCCUCGGUGAGGCAGUGGCCGUGCGGCCCGGAGAGGACGUGCUGUUCGUGGUGCGGCAGGAGCAGGGUGACAUCCUGACCACCAAGUACCAGGUGGACCUGGGGGAUGGCUUCAAGGCCAUGUACGUGAACCUCACGCUGACUGCUGAGCCCAUCCGGCACCGCUACGAGAGCCCCGGCGUCUACCGCGUGUCUGUCAGAGCAGAGAACGUGGCAGGCCAUGACGAGGCCGUGCUCUUCGUCCAGGUCAACUCUCCCUUGCAAGCCCUCUACCUGGAAGUGGCUCCUGUCGUUGGCAUCAACCAGGACAUGAACCUCACAGCUGUGCUGCUGCCCCCGAACCCCAAUCUCACUGUCUUCUACUGGUGGAUCGGCCACAGCCUGCAGCCCCUCCUCUCCCUGGACAACUCGGUGACCACGCGCUUUGCGGCCCCGGGGGAUGUGCGCGUGUCGGUGCAGGCGGCCUGCGGGAGCUCAGUGCUACAGGACUCCAGGGUGGUCCGCGUGCUGGACCAGUUCCAGCUGGUGCCUCUGUGCUUCUCCCGGGAGCUGGACGCCCUCAACCCCAACACACCUGAGUGGAGGGAGGACGUGGGCCUGGUGGUCACCCGGCUGCUCUCCAAGGAGACCAGUGUCCCCGAGGAGCUGCUGGUGACCGUGGUGAGACCAGGGCUGCCCACCGUGGCUGACCUGUAUGUGCUGCUGCCGCCUCCCAGGCCCACGAGGAAGAGGAGCCUCUCGAGUGACAAGAGACUCACAGCCGUCCGGCAGGUGCUGAGCGCUCAGAAGAUCAGCUUCCUGCUGCAGGGCGGGCUGCGCGUCCUAGUGGCCCUGAGGGACACAGACACAGAGUCACAGCGGCUGGGAGGCGGCAGCGGCUACUGGGCUGUGGUGGUCCUCUUCGUCGUGGGGGUCUUCGCGGUGGGCGCGAUCGUCCUCUACAAGUUCAAAAGGAAACGCCCCGGCAGGACGGUGUACGCGCAGAUGCACAACGAGAAGGAGCAGGAGAUGACAAGCCCCGUGAGCCGCAGCGAGGACGCCCAGGGCACCGCCAUGCAGGGCAACCACUCGGGCGUGGUCCUGAGCAUCAACUCCCGGGAGAUGCACGGCUACCUGGUGAGCUGAUGCCCCGCGCGCUCUGCUCUCUGCCGCCGCCCCCAGGGGCGCAGCCCACUCCUGCAGCUGGAGUGAGUCCCAGACCUGCCCAGAGCCACCUCCGGGCUCCCCACAGGACAGACGCCCCCCCUCAGCCCACGCCCACCCAGGCCACUGACGCUCAGGGAGCCGACCCCCCACAGGUCCGCCCCGCCCGGGACCCGCCCUCUCCGGCUGGGCGCACACAGCUGCCCUGGCCCCUCCCUCCUGCCCCCAACCCGAACCCCAGCAGCCGUGGGCUGGGCCAUCUCCCACCCCUGCCUCUGUCCCUCUCUGUAUAGGUCAUGUAUAUUCCUCUCUAGGCGGCGGUUCGCACUGGGGCUUUAUCUUUGUUUGUAUGGCCAGGCAGUCACCCUCUGGGUGGCUCUGUCAGCCACGUCGAGAACCCCGCUUCCAGAGCACCCAGCGCUCCCCUCUGGUGUUCACCCUAGUUUCCGCUGCGGGUUGGGGGCUCCGCAAAAGGACCCCUGCCUGCAGUUCCCGCUCCCACCAGCAGGCGGUGCCCUCCCAAAGCCUGGCUGCCCAGCCUGAGCUCUGGAAAGAACCAGCCAACCCAGAAAGGGGUGAGCGCCCCCUCUGCACCCAGUUCUCUGCACAGCUCACAGCUGGGGUGCCCGUGGAGCCCAGCUAGGAUGGGGGCAGAGCUGGGGGCCCCCAGGAGCAGGCCCCUCUUGGUGAAGACAUGGCAAGAUGGUAGCAAGGGUGGCCCCAGAACCAGCCCUCUGCCCCCCAAGCAGGCUGCUCAGCCGCUCAGGCUGCCGGGCAGGGACGCAGACAGCAGGAUCUUCACCUUUUGCCUUGGACUCAGCAUCUUCCGCGUCCCCUCCCCCUUUCUUCUCCUUUUCUUCCUUCUCCCCUGCCUCCUUGUGACCCCCUCUCCAGCCAGGGUCUCUGGAAGCCAUGCCAGGGCCCAGGCUGGUACCGGGCUGGCACCAUUUUCCCGAGGAAGAGGCCUGGCCUGUUAGUGGGUGCCUGGGGCCACCUUCUCACACCGGGCAGUGCCUGGGCACUCCGUCUUUGCCUUGUGGGGCCCCCUGGUACCCAGGCCAGGUCACGGGUGGGACUCAGGGACAGCGGGCACUCAGCUGGUGGGGGAGGCAGCCCGGCUGCACUGACGCCUGCCCGCCGCUGCCCACCCUGGACGUCCUCCCUGCGGGCGUCUUCCCUGGGGAGGGGCUGGGGACAGGGACCAGAGCCAGGAGAGGCCGUGACUCCGCGACUCCGCCGCCGCGGCCGCCCACCUCUCUGUAGCCCCUGCCGGGGACCUGCCUCCGGCUGCCACCCCACGUGUCCCACCCGCGCAUGGGACCCCUGAGCACAGUCUAGGCUCGGCCAGCGAGGAGCAGCCCAGCUCCCGGCGCCUGUGGUGCCAGCACCGGCCUGGCCCUCCCCGCCACUCAGUCCCACCUGCUCAGCCGUGCAGGUCGGGUCUCCCUGAGGUACUUGUGUUCCCUUGUAUUUUAUGUUACGAUUUCUGACCAGAACAUCUUGAGUGUGUGGCCCAGGACCCCGGGAGCAAGGCGACCUGCCGUAACCCUGCCAUCCCCAUCUCCGUGUCCGUAGAGGCAAUCCAUACAUACUCGGGCCUCGCAGGUGGUCAGCAAGGGGCGUGUGCCCGGGGCACAGGCAGGAACUCGGGCACCAGGGGAGGGCGCUGACCCCGGUGGUGGCCAGCGUGUCCCCACCGGCGGGGUCACCCACUUGGCAUAACAGAGGCAAUGCAGGCUUUCUUAUUUUUCCUUUUUAAAGAUCAGUAAAUCAUUUGUGAUGCUUUUAACAAAGAUUAAACGAAUAUGAUCAGCUUCUGCCUUCUCAG